AUUUUAUUCUCUUCGCGCCUGUAGCUAGUAAAGCUUAAACCAGGGUUAGCAGUUAAAUAUUGUCAUUCGCCUAAUGCAUUCCCAGCAGGUCCCAACCGAUAGGCGGCGUCAGAAAUGUCGUCUGCUAGAGCUGACACCCGCGCUGAAGCGCGAACCUCAAAAUGUUGCGCGCCACAAGUACGUACGCUGCGCGCUACUUCGCGCCAAGUGGCAUUCAUCUCGGACCUUGGGAAUGUUGUCGCGUAGGCUUAUUUUCUUUCUUGUAGCUUGCCUUGUUGACACAGACGCCCAGCUUUCGUACCUCCUGCUGGAGCAGUGUCAAGAUGGCCAACACUCGCUGGAGCUGUAUGACAGCAAGAGAAACUCUGCAGUUGAGCUUACCCUGAGCAGACAUCCCCCAUACCCAGGAGACUCUCACUGCUCUCUCACUGUUAGUGCACCAUGGGCAGAUGGCUUGCUUUUUGUUGUGCGCAUGCUCAACAUGCGCUGGGAUGCUACACGAUGCCUUGACUACAUGAAGCUGACUGACAAUGAACGGGUCUUGCUGGCUCCACUGUGCACAUCCCGGGCCAUCGGAUCUCGCUUUGUUGCCAUGCGAGAAAACAGGAUCACGCUGGUGGUGGUCACCUCAAAGUCAACUCCAAGUGGAAACUACACUGGCCUCAACAUAUUAUUCACUGGUUAUGUCAGCAAAAAUCGAUGCAGUCCAAAUGAUAUGUUUCUCUGCAUAGAAUCAAAGGUGUGCAUUUCCAAGGCUCUAUUUUGUGAUGGAAUCGAUCACUGUGGCGAUGGAACUGAUGAACCAGAAGACUGUGAGACCAUAAACCGGCACACCUGGAUCGAGUGGGCUCCAUUGCUGAGCUGGUUAUCUGUAUACGGCCUCUUCGGCGCAGUUCUCUUCAAGGUGUAUUCAGAGAAAAAGCGAUCCAUCUUGGUGCUCAGGAACCUGUGACCCCGACUUGGACAAUAUUCUAUUUUCAAAAGUGUGCCCAUGCACUGAAAUGACCACGCAAUAACUCCACAGCCAGGCAUUCAGAGCAUAUCUGAAUCAUCAUCUGUGUCAUCUUCGUUAUCUCGACUGGAAGACCAGUCUCUGUUACUGUUCAUCAGUAUAAAAGGUUACCCAUCCCUUCUGUACAAGAUCAGAUGUUAGCAAUGAUACUGAAUGUGUGGCUGUUAUGGCAUGACGAUGGCACACUUCACCUUAACAUUAGAGGCCCAAAAUUCGAUGAAGCCCAAUUUAAAACAUUUUUGUGCUCGCUCAUUUCAGUUGGUAAUUUCCAAUGUAGUUAUAGUCAACUACAUAUAGAUGGUGGUGUGGAGCAGAGGUAGAACACCCAGCUUCAAAUCUGAAGGUCGUAAGUUCGAAUCUUACUCCAAUCCACUACAUUUUCAGGCAUGGAGUGAUGCCUGACACCGGCAAAAAAAUAUCUAUAUUGCCGAGAGCUAGUGGGGCUAUACUAGUUCAGGUGCAACCAAACUAGGAAGGCCCACUAAGCUUCAUCAAAGUCACUCCCUCACCAGAACAGGAAUUGGCCUCCCUGGUGCAGUAUUCGGCCACUACCUCCCUCAUGACUCCGACAAUUAACCCAUGGCCCUAAGUCCCCAGCGGCUGCGGAGCACCUGACCCAGGCGGCGGUCAGACCUGCGACGUGGCAGAGGGUGCUAAGGAUCUCUGGGUCCGGACAGGCCGCCAAUGGAAACUGAACCUGGCAACGUUCAACAUGCACACCCUCUCGAGUGAGGCUAGCAUAGUAGGACUAUUUGAGGAAUUAUCAGGCAUUGCCUGGGAUAUUAUUGGCCUGAAUGAGGUUAGAACAACUAGUGAGGCUUACACAGUGCUGACUAACGGCCAGGUCCUCUGCUACAGAGGACUUCCAGAUAAGAGAGAAUCUGGGGUAGGAUUUCUAGUCCUUAACAACAUAGCGGGCAACAUUGAUUAAUUCUACAGCAUUAAUGAGAGGUUAGCAGUCGUCCUAAUAAAGCUGAAUAGGAGAUAUAGAAUCAAGGUUGUACAAGCCUACGCCCCAACCUCCACUCACGAUGAAGAAGAAAUAGAACAGCUUUAUGAAGAUGUUGAAUUAGCAAUGAGGAAGGUGCAAACUCAGUAUACUGUAGUCAUGGGCGACUUCAAUGCAAAAGUAGGGAAAAAGCAGGUUGGUGAGCAAGCAAUUGACAACUACGGCAUCAAUUAUAGGAAUGCAAGAGGAGAGAUGGCAGAAUUCGCGGAAAGGAAUAGGCUCCGAAUAAUGAAUACCUUCUUCAGAAAGCGCAGCAACAGGAAGUUGACCUGGAAAAGCCCUAAUGGAAAAUCAAGGAAUGAAAUAGAUCUCAUACUCUCUGCCGAUCCCAGCAUAGUGCAGGAUGUAGAAGUGUUAGGUAGGGUAAAGUGUAGCGACCAUAGGUUAGUGAGGUCUAGGAUUUCUCUCAAUUUGAAGCGAGAAAGAAUAAAGUUAGUCAUGAAGAAACAGGCUAACCUAGACGCAGUAAGGGUAAAAACAGGACCAAUUCAGGCUGGUGCUCGCAAACAAAUAUGCAGCUUUAGAACAGGAAGAUGAAGACAACAUAAAGAUAAUGAAUGAAACCGUAACUAGGCUGAUCUCACAAGCAGCAAUUGAAGUGGGAGGUAAGGCACCAAGGCAACCAGUAGGUAAGCUCUCCCAAGAAACAAAGGACCUAAUAAAGAAAUGACAAAACAUGAAAAUGUCCAACUCGAGAGAUCAGAUAGAAUUCGCUCAACUGUAAAACCUAAUCAACAAGAAGAAAGUAAGGGAUAUUCGAAAUUAUAACGUGGGAAAGAUUGAGGAAAACGUAAAAUAUGGACGCAGCAUUAAAUCAGUAAGAAGAAAGCUUGGCAUAGGACAAGGCAAGAUGUAUGCACUGAAAGAUAAGCAUGGUAAUAUCACCAGCAAUUUCGAUGACAUAGUAAAAGCAGCGGAAGAAUUCUAUACUGACCUGUACAGUGCCCAAAACAGACAAGCUAUGUUCAUUCGAAGUAGUAAUGAACAGGAUACAGAGGCUCCUUCUAUAACUAGCGAUCCUUGCAACAAGUUCUAUAACUAGAAGGUCCUUGCAACACAUGACCCGGGGAAAAGCAGCUGAAGAUGGAAUAAGUCCAUUCAAUAAAAGAUAGAGGAGAUAUGAUUGAAAAGCUUGCCGCACUUUAUACGCAAUGCCUCACGACAUCAAGUGUACCAGAGAACUGGAAGAAUGCCAACAUUAUACUAAUCUAUAAGGGAGAAGUUAGAGAAUUGAAAAAUUAUAGGCCCAUUAGCUUGGUUUAAGUACUGUAUAAGUACAGUACUGUAUAAGUACUGUUUAAGAUUGGUAAGUACUGUUCAAGGUAAUUUCCAAUAGAAUCGGGGAACACUUGACUUCCAGCAACCAAGAGAACAGGCUGGCUUCAGGAAGGGAUAUUCUACGGUGGAUCAUAUCCAUGUCAUCAAUCAGGUAAUCGAGAAAUCUGCAGAGUACAAUAAACCUCCCUAUAAGGCUUUGAUAGAUUUCAUAAAGACAUUUGAUUCAGUAGAGGUACCAGCAGUCAUAGAAGCAUAGCGUAAUCAAGAAAUGCAGGAGGCAUACGUGAAUAUCUUCGGAAAUAUCUACAAAGAUUCCACAGCUACAUUGGUUCUCCACAAGAAAAGCAGAAAGUUGCCUAUCAAGAAAGGGGUCAGGCAAGGGGAGAUCAUCUCUCCAAUGCUCUUCACUGCAUGCUUCUAAGCAUUCAAGCUCUUAAGACUGGGAAGGCUUAGGAGCGAGGAUCAACGGCGAAUAUCUCGGCAACCUUCGGUUUGCAGAUGACAUUGUCCUAUUCAGCAACAAAGGGGACGAAUUACAUCAAGUGAGGGAGGACCUUAACCAAUAAAGUGCAAGAGUGGGCUUGAAUAUUAAUACGCAGAAAACGAAGGUAAUGAUCAAUGACCUGGCAAGGGAAC